UUGGAACUUCAGGGGAAAACUCAGAGCGCUUCACUUGUGCGGGAAGCCUACCGCACGUGGUCGGCAUAGCAGUUGAAGUUCUGUAUAUGACAACCAUUUGGCUAUGUUCAGGUCGCUCCGUUGAUCAUGAAGAAUUUAAAUGAUACGAAAUACAAAAUGAAAUGUUGAAAGUACGAAAGAUUGCGCUUUUCUUAUAAAUUUACUGCUAGAGUCAUGCCACGUGCGUUUCUCAUAAAAAAACACAACAAUGUGAAAGAUAAUUGCGUGAAGAUGAAACAGGUUGAAGAAGUAGCGAACAAGCAGAUAUUAUCUUGCAAUGAUUCUGAGGAUUUAUCCCAGUCAGAUUCCAAAGGACCUUAUGAUUUGAGUGUAAAACCGAAGAAGAUUGAUGAGCCAGUACAUGAAAGAAAGGCAUCUACAGAAGUGCCAUCUCCACCCGGUGUCAUAGAAUUUUCUCCAAAAAUAGUGACCUCUUCUUGUUAUACCCCUUUUUCUUUGGAUUGCCUAUCGUACAAAACAUCUAGUCACCUGCAGAAACCUGUUGGUAUGACAAUAGAAAGUUUCCGUUCUGCCACACCAUGGCCAAGACCUGUAUUCCCUCGACCUUUUCUACCCCUUCUUCCUUUUCCCCAACCUGCUUCUGAGUUUUGUAUCCCUUCUGGACCGUACUUAGGUAGUACAGCUUUGGUUUCUACCCCAUUGAUAACUAUUCCUCAAACCAGAAUUCAGUCGUCACCUUGCAUCACAUCGGAACCUUCCUAUUACGAAAAAUCACCUCCACCUUUAAGCAGUGUGGACAUACCUUUAGAUUCCAACUCACUGAAGUAUUCUUCUUGGGCACACAAAGAAGAAUCAAUGUCCCCAAUUUCAAGAUCUGAUGGCGGUGAAUCCAGUCCCGAAUCUGUAAGUAAGUACAGUUCUGUUGUCAGCAGUUCCACAGGCAGUCCAACAUCUUCUCAAGCACAUAGAUAUGAAUGUGCAGAUUGUAAAAAGAGUUAUGCGACAUUCAGUGGCCUUUCUAGACACAAACAGUUUCAUUGCAGCACUCAAACAAAAAAGGCUUUUAGCUGCAAGCACUGCGAAAAAGUCUAUGUGUCACUGGGAGCACUAAAGAUGCAUAUUAGAACUCAUACUUUGCCUUGUAAAUGCAGUCUAUGUGGCAAAGCUUUCUCAAGACCAUGGUUGUUACAAGGGCAUAUAAGAACUCAUACUGGAGAAAAGCCUUUUGCAUGCCCACACUGCAGUCGUGCGUUUGCUGAUCGAUCAAAUCUUCGUGCUCACUUACAAACUCACUCUGAUAUUAAAAAGUAUAACUGCAGAGCUUGCAGUAAAACUUUCUCUCGUAUGUCUUUACUUUUGAAACACAACGACGGCGGGUGUGUGAAUGCUCAAGAACGCCAGCAAGUUGUGUAUAAUCCAGUAGCGUUGCAAAACUGUUAGUGCUUAGCCGAAGAAAAGAGGUUGCAUAAAUUCUUUGGGUAGUUUUUCUUUAUGGGCAAACUAGUAGUUAAAUUUGAUAGCUCCAAUGUCAUUUGCAUUCACUCCAUUAUACCCACGCCAUUAUGCUUUAUUAGCUUGUGAAGUUGUGAAACAAUAAUGUAAAUCGCUAUUUGAAUUUACAUUUUACAAAAACGUAAGCUGGCGUCCUGGCAUAGGAGUAGCGCGUCUUCCCCGUGAUCUGAGCUUUGUGGGUUCGAGUCCCGGUUGGCGCAUGGUUGUUCUUGUUCUGUGUGUGAAUAUGCUCCCCUGUGAAAAAAGCGAAUGAGACGUAUGAAGCAGCUGAGUCGUACUGUGGGUUCUAGCUGGCGCUGCUGAAAAAAUAGGAGAAGCUCUCUCGGCUUAAACUGUCAGUGGGCUUUUAAAGUGCUGUAAACAACAGCAACAAAGAUGUAAGGAACAAUGGAAUCUUAUUAAGAUAUUUUCGGAAUUUUAAUAUAAUAUAGUUUUAAUUUUUAUUUGCUGUGACAGAAGAGAUUCACAGAUUUUCGAGCAUUUUUUAAAAACGAUUAUAUUUCAAAGUAAGUCAUCUUACUUUAUUAUGAACAAUCUUAUUAACGAAAAUUUAAAUUUGUUAGUUUUCGUAAUUAGGAGCUUUACUUAAAUUUAGUUUAGUUAUAUUAACUUCUCGUUUAAAACAACACUAGGGCUAUUUUGGGACGGACCUCGUAAUUUUGAACAGCAGUCAGAUGACGAGGACAAUAACUGAGCUGGAACUCCCCCUCUGCACACUACACCAGUGGGAGGACGUUAGACCCUGACGGAUUUAAUGUGCAACAGACCCCCUUACACGAUAGUUCUUGUCAAAGCGAGUCUCGAACCUGAAACCCUACGGCUAACGAGCCGAGACCUUACCACCAGACCACCGCGGCCUUGAAAGUGAAAGAAUAAACGAAAAUGGUGUUCAUUUAUACUUAUUUUUAGUAGCGUAUAAAAAAGCUGUUAUAAGACUGAAAAAGUAGGGUUUUCCUAUUGAAAUGUUUUCCAGAAUUUUAUCGAAAAAACUCAUUCUUCUUGCUGCAAACCGCCAUUUAUUAUUAUUAUCAAAUCAGCUUUUUUUUUCAGUCAAGUUUGGUUUGAUUUAGUUAUAAUUACGUUCUUUUUUGAAGCGUUAAACGAAGCUACAUUCAGUUAGUAUUUGAAAUAUAACAACAAGGACAUAUAACAAUGACAAUGUUAUUUAAAUCUAUUAAAUGAAAGGAUUUUAUACUCCUUGUAGUGAAAUAAUGAGUCAAACACAUGCACACAAUUACAGGAAUUUAAAUAUGUAUUUAAACUAAAUUGUUGAUAGCGUUGAAUUCUUCACGUGUAUCUUCGGGCUUGGUUGUUCUUUACACUGUGUUCUUUCAGAGCAGUGUGUGAAAGAAAUCCCCUGUAAAAAGAGGUUCUGCAAGCGAGUGUGUGAGUGUUAUCUUCAUAUCAAUUAAAGUCGGAUUUCUGCCCUCGGAUGC